AACAACGCAAAACCGCCCCCGUGCUCUCGAAGGAACCCCGCCCGCCUCGCCCUGGCCGUUGCUUCCCCGCCGCCGUAGACCGCACCAGCUCAGCUGAGUUGACUUCUUCGCCACCACCUCCUCUGACGACGCAGGGCAGGGAGGGAGGGAUGGAGGGUUCGUCGUCCUCGCCGCCGGACGGCGACGGCGGGAGCUUGGGCUUCCAGUUCCUGCAGGUCGCGGUGGCCGUGCGCGGGGACGGCCGCGCCAGCCGCCGAGCCGCGCGGUGGGCCGCCGCCACCCUCGUCCCGGCCGGCGGCCGCGUCGCGCUCGUCCACGUCAUCCCGCCCGUCUCCUUCGUCCCGUCUCCAUCGGGGGAGAGGGUGCCGGUGGAGAAGAUGGAGCCGGAGGUGGUGGAGAUGUACGCGCAGGACUGCCGCGCGCGCGCGCAGGAGGUCUUCCUCCCCUUCCGCCGCCUCGUCGGCCGCGGCGGCAGAACCGUGGAGACGGUGGUUCUGGAAGGGGACAGCGUCGCGGAGGCGCUGGCCAAGUACGCCGCGGAGUCCGGCGUCCGCAGCCUCGUGCUCGGAUCCGCCACACUCAGCUGGUUCCGGAGGAUUUUACGGCUCCAAGAUGUGCCUUUUACAGUUCUGAAAACUGUGCCAAGUUUCUGCAACAUAUUUGUCGUGUCCCGGCGCAGAUUAACAAUAAAAAUUGCAAAUCAGGCUCGAAAUAGCAAGUCAAACGCUUCUAUUCGUAUUCAGUCAAUAAGUCAUAAAGCAUUUGAUCAAAUACAGAGGGACUGGUUGCAAGACAAACAGGCUUUGAAUAAUCUGGCUGAUGAUGAGAUACCAAAAUAUUCUGGAAAUUCUAGUUCAGGCUCAUUCUCUCAAGUCUGCAGUUCUCUAAGCACUUCUUCCAAUGCCAUUAAAAGUUCAGAAAGUCAUAGAAGAGGUUUUUUAGGAAGCUUAGGUCGAAGGACACCAGGGAGAGAAAGGAACAAAGAUUUUGAUGCUAUUAGCCAAUUGAAGGAAGUUCAUUAUGUUGCCUUAAGCUCAGUUGAAGAGUACCAACAUAUAGAUGAAGAAGAAAAACUGAGGAAGGAGCUGAAGGAUACUUUGAUGAUGUAUGACAGAGCUUGUGGAAAUCUUGCCCAUGCUAAGAAAAAGAUUCAGUUACUUUCUAGUGAGUGCUGUGAAGAUGUGAAUAAGGUGCAAGACGCACUGCAGAGAGAGAAAAUAUUGAAACAGUCGGUUGCAGAUGAGAAAACCAAACAUUUAGAAGCAAUUGGAGCAGUUGAAAUGGCAAAAAAUGCAUUUACACACGAGACCUAUUCCAAGCACCAGGCUGAAAUAUUAGCUAACAUGGUGUCUAUUGAGAAUGCUAAGGUUGUGGAUGCCCUUUUAUCAACGGGCAAAAGUUGCAGGCAGUACUCAAAGCAUGAAAUAGAGCUUGCCACUGAUUACUUUUCUGAUGCAAAGAAGAUUGGUGAGGGUGGCUACGGCAACGUAUACAGGUGUACCCUUGACCACACCGAAGUAGCUGUAAAAGUUAUUCAACAAGAUUCCACCGAUAAGAUUGAUGAGUUCUUGAGAGAGGUGGAGAUUCUCAGUCAACUUCACCAUCCCAAUUUGGUUUUACUGCUUGGUUUUUGUCCUGAAAUUGGAUGCCUUGUGUAUGAAUACAUGGAGAAUGGGAGUUUAGAAGAUCUACUUAUCAACAAUAAAGGGCAGCCACUCCAUUGGUUUCUUCGAUUCCAAAUUAUCUUUGAUGUUGCUUGUGGGCUCGCCUUCUUGCAUGGGACGAAACCAGAGCCCAUUGUCCAUCGUGACCUAAAGCCUGGGAACAUCUUGCUGGACAAGAAUUAUGUAAGCAAAAUUGGUGAUGUUGGUUUUGCAAAGCUCAUAUCAGAUCUUGUGCCAGAAGGGUUGACAGAGUACAGGGACACUGUCAUUGCUGGUACACUGUAUUACAUGGAUCCUGAGUACCAAUUAACUGGGACAAUUCGACCAAAAUCAGAUCUUUAUGCUUUGGGUAUUAUCAUUCUUCAACUACUAACUGGCAAGCGUCCACAUGGGCUGCUAAGUAGUGUAGAAGAGGCAAUUAAAAGGGGGAUAUUAUCAGAUAUCCUAGACAAGUCUCAGCCUGAUUGGCCAAUUGCUGAGGCCGAGAUGUUGGCAAAACUUGGGCUGUGGUGUACAGCCUUAAAAUGCAGGGACAGACCUAACCUUGAGUCGGAGGUGCUUCCAGAGCUAGAAAAUAUCCUAAGCAGGGUUACUGUUUCUCUCAAACUCGAAAAUAUCCUUGCACCAAGCCACUUCUUCUGUCCGAUACUGCAGGAGAUAAUGGAAGAUCCUUACGUUGCUGCUGAUGGGCACACCUAUGAGCACAGGGCAAUCAAAGCUUGGCUCGAAAAAUACAAGAUAUCCCCAGUGACAAAUCAGAGGCUUCCACAUUUAUCCAUAAUUCCCAACCAUUCCUUGCAUGCGGCAAUACAACAAUGGAAGUUACGGGCAUCUUAACAAAGGCAUGAGGUGACUGUUUUGUUUGUUGUAUAUAUAUAGUUUGAUUCAUCACUGUCCUUUUGAGUUAAGAUGUAAAUAAAGAGCAAUAGUUCUGUAGUGAAAGAAGAUAGUAUUGUAGGAAUAAGUUGUGUUACUAGUCUAGAUUUGUUAGAGCUGGUUUAGGCUAAAUGGCCUAUAUCUUGUACUCAGAUAAUUGAAGUCACAACUGAAUUCAGUUCUGGGAUGCUGUAUGUUUUUGUAGCUAUAGCCUACAAUACAUUUUCUUGGAGGGUCUGAUUACAAUUUUCAGUGUGAUUUCUCUGA